AAUAUAACCAAGAUGAGGCGGAGUAGGACUAUGUCCUUCCUCACCAAUGAGAAAUCUAGAGAAUCUUUUGACUUCAGCUCCUACUCCAAUGUGCCUUCCCUAAGUGCAAUCAAGAGACGUUUCUCUGGUACCCCUCAGUUACCACCACUCACCCAUAGGCAAGCUGGUGACCCUGGUAAAUCUGAUCCUGAGACUGGUUCCCGUGUGGUGUUCACUAUUGAGGAGAUUGAACCUGGGAUAUAUGAAGAUACUGUACCUGACUACUUAAGGUAAGUGUGCUUUUCUGCAUAUAGAUUUGCAUUUUCAUUGAAAUUUCGUUAUACAUAUAUACAUAUGAAUUAAGGGUUUAUUACAUUCUGAAUUUAAAAAGAAAGAAAACUAAGCACGUGAAUAUUUUCAGUUAUUUGCCAAGCAAAGUUUAAUUUAAAAGAUAUGUUGUUAUUAUAAAGAAAAUAUGACUUGUCAGAACAAUGGCUGGAUAAAGGUUAGUGAGGACUAAAACGUUGCCCACUUUAUGCUGGAAUAAAUUACCAUUUUCAUUUAAGGGUCAUGCUGUGUCCUCUCGAUGGUGG